ACACCAGGGACUGGGGCACUGGGGGAGGGUGUCCCGUGCCGUGGCGUCCUGGGGGGUUGGGGGGCUGCGUCCGGGGCUUGGGAACCCCCGCGCGCCGGGCAGGACAGGACGCAUGGGGAGGGCACCGAGACACCCACCACCAGAGAGCAUGGAGAAGAGGCCGCCCUCACCCCGCACCCCGGGCGCCCCCAAUGCUCUCUGGGCCUUCCAAACCGCACUCCGGCCCCCCAUCCGGCACCCAGGGCCACUGGCUCCCUGGAGAGCCGAGCACUCUGCGGCCAGGAGAGAAGCAGCCCCACUCGCGACCCCAAGCAUUCCGGCCGCAGUCCAGGGAGGGCCCGGCGGCGUAGACAGACCCGGGACUCAGGGCAGCGACUCGGGGUGUCUGUUUCCUCAGCGGUCAAAAGGGCUGCGGAGGCCCCAGCCCGGGUGCUCGAGGAGCCACAGCGCGGCACCCAGAGCUGCGGUGUUCCUCCAGCCACCGAGCCAGAGUCGCAGGGAGGAUAGUGCGCCCUGUCGCCCCGUCCGGGCGCGCCACUCCCGGCCCGCCCCAGAGAACUGUCGGGCCACAGCUGCCCAGACUCGGCUCCUCGGUGCCGGGAGUAGGGACCCGGCCCCGCCCCUCUCACUUGGCCCCGCCCCGCCUCCUCUGGCCCCGCCCCCAAGCCAGUAACUGCCACGCCCUCAGAGCCCGAACCUUGGCCACCCCGUUAGCCGCCUCCGAGGAGCCCAGAGGGCCCCAAACCCUGCUGGGAAGGAUCCUCCCUGCGGCUGGGCUCUCGGGGAGCACCUACGCUGUGCCCGAGGCGGUGGGGCUCAAGUGAGGCCCGGGGCGGGUCUCGGGGCCUGGCCGCCCGUAGGUAGCGCGGGAAUGCGAGAGGUGAGCGCUCGUUAGGUAUCCCGGGCCUGGCUCCGCAGGUGCCGAUCGCCUGCGGGGCAGCCACACCCGGAUCCCGCGAGUGCGGCCCCGACCGAGGAGGCGGGAAGAGAGAAAUUCCCAUGCGCGCGGACUGCACCGCGCCUGAAGCCGGGGCCAACACGCGCCACGGCGCGCUGCCCGGGACAGCACGGUGCGCGCACACGUGGGCAGGGGCGGCCACCGAACGUCCGCCCAGCCCCGGCGGCCAAUGGCUUUCUGAGCGGCGAUCUGGCGUAAGGACUCGCAGCGCCAAGACCCGAAAGCUAACUGCACAAAACGAAAAUGGAUCCCCCCAAAGGUCUCAGUGCCAGCGGACGCUGGGUCCCUGCACAGAGCCGGGAGGGUCGCCUUCGUCCGCGCCACAGAAACCCUGGCGGCCGGGGUGAAAGGGGAACGUCGUUGCUAACCGACCACACCAGGCCCGAGAGAGGCCGGCCUGGUGCACACCGCCGCCCAGCCACGAAACUGCAGCCGUCGGUUCGCACACGUUCCCGUCACGUUCCCAGCAGGCAGCGAAUAAUAAUAAUAGCCGCCACCUAGUAAUUGCUGUGACACCAGCCCAGAGAACCAAGGAGGCGACGUCCAGAACUGUACUCAGCACUGGCUCUCUGCCGGCGCCCGCUGUCCUCUGCGAUCUUAUUUGAACCCGCACAGCAAUUCCACGGGGUGGGAGGCUUUUCCACCCAGAGGAGGACACCAUGGGCCCUGCGUGCCCGUCAAAAGGCCACGAUUCUGCCCGCUGGCUGCACUUCGGGCGCACGCCCACGUUAAGGCCCUGAGCGUGGCCCCGCACGCCUUGGGACCCGGACUCUGAGCCUGCCAGGGUCCCCGACCGCCGGCUCGGGCCGCGCUGCACAAGGGAACGGCUGUGCCCUAGGUCGGGGCGCCCAGGUCCAAGCUCCGGACUCAGGUUGCCCCCCGGGAACAAGCUGCGACUUCGCGGCCGGGAAACGACUGACCGGGAGGCCCGGGCGGUCCCCGCGCCCUGACCCGACACUGUACAGUCCCGCGGGCAGGGAGGGGACCGGGAACCGCCCCUCCGGCAGCGCGCGCAACUCGGUAGCCUCGCGUGUGGCCCCGGGACAGGCCUCGCCACGGCGCCAGCUAUUGGUUGGUGAAACCAGAGCAGAUUCUCGCGGGCCAAGUCUAGCAUUCGGCCCGUGGACUCUGACGUCCCGCUUCUUCCGCCCUUCUGCAUCCCAGAGGAGAAUGUUCCCGGAAAUGUUUUCGUUCCUCCCUCAAACCUGAGACCGGGACGGCCGGGAAGCCGCAAGGCGGGGCGCGGACUGUAACCCCGAAGGUGCCUGCUGAAUCCCCGCGCCCUCCCGCCUGUGCCUCUUCACCGAAUGGGGCGCGCGGAGUGUGCCAAGUGGAUCCUCAAAUCUGCAUUCUUUCGGUGAUAAAAUAUGUUCUCGUAUUUUUUCCUAAUUUCCCACUAAAACCUUUGCCUAACUAAACUCCCAUCCAACGGGAUUUAUUUCGUCCCCGGGGAGAUAAAUCAGGGGGCAAAUUUACAGCCCGGGAGGCACCUGCCGGGCUAAUGGGCCCUUCAUGGAGUGCGCGGCCAGCGGGGGCGCGCGCAGACGGCGGGGGCGCUGGCCAAUGGCCGGGCCGCGGUCGCCGGCAGCCAAUCAGCACGCGCGCCGCCUGGGGGCCCCGCGGUUAUCAGCGCGUCCAGCCCGCGCGGCGCGGCGCCGCUCUGACCGGCCCCGGAGCCGCCACCGCCGCAGCGCGGAGUACCCCCGCCGCCGCCCACCCCGCGCCGGAGCCGCCACCCUCCCUCGCGCCCGCCAUCCGCGCCGUCGGCGCCCGCACCCCGAGCCCCCGCUGCAGCCGGCGCCCGCCGGGGUCGCGCGCAAACUUCCCGGGCCGGCGGGCGCGGGCGGCGGCGGCGGGGCCCGGAUGGGCGCCCGGGCCGGCGGCGGCGGCGCCCAUGGACGCUAACCGCCCGGGCGCGUUCGUGCUGAGCAGUGCGCCGCUGGCCGCGCUACACAACAUGGCCGAGAUGAAGACGUCGCUGUUCCCGUACGCGCUGCAGGGCCCGGCCGGCUUCAAGGCGCCCGCGCUGGGCGGCCUCGGCGCGCAGCUGCCGCUCGGCACCCCGCACGGCAUCAGCGACAUCCUGGGGCGGCCCGUGGGCGCGGCGGGCGGCGGCCUCCUGGGCGGCCUGCCCCGUCUCAGUGGGCUCGCCUCGUCGGCCGGCGUCUACUUCGGGCCCGCGGCCGCCGUGGCGCGCGGCUACCCCAAGCCUCUGGCCGAGUUGCCCGGGCGCCCGCCAAUCUUCUGGCCUGGCGUGGUGCAGGGCUCGCCCUGGAGGGACCCGCGCCUGGCCGGCCCGGCCCAGGCCAGCGGGGUCCUGGACAAGGACGGCAAGAAGAAGCACUCGCGGCCGACCUUCUCGGGCCAGCAGAUCUUCGCGCUGGAGAAGACUUUCGAGCAGACCAAGUACCUGGCGGGGCCGGAGCGCGCGCGCCUCGCCUACUCCCUGGGUAUGACCGAGAGCCAAGUCAAGGUGUGGUUCCAGAACCGGCGGACGAAGUGGCGCAAGCGGCGCGCCGCGGAGAUGGCGUCGGCUAAGCGGCAGCAGGACUCGGACGCCGAGAAGCUGAAGGCGGGCGGCUCGGACGCGGAGGACGACGGCGAGUACACCCGGCCCCUGGACCCCAACUCGGACGACGAGAAGAUCACGCGGCUGCUCAAGAAGCACAGACCCUCGAACUUGGCGCGGGUCAGCCCGUGCGGCGGCGGCGCGGGGGACGCCUCGUGAGGACGCGGCGGCAAGGCCGGACAACCAGGGUACGGGACGCGGGCCGGCGCCCCUCGCCAGCCGCCCGCGCCGGAGUGUGUAUAUAUAUUUUUACGGAAUAAGUUAUAAAGCGGCCUGGCUCGGGCUCGGCGUGCGGGGACCCCAGAGCGCCCGCGU